GGUGGGUGGUGGGCCAGGGACGAAGGUGAGGGGUAAUGUCUGUGGAGAAAGGGGUUCCGUUAGACUAUUCGCUCUGGGGUAUGAGGGAUGUGCGGGGAAAGCAGCCCAGAGCAGUGAGGGGACGCGGCAAGGCCCGAGGCCAGGCCCGGGGUCACGGGCGGUCGCACCUGGAGCCAGGAAGCAGAGGGGCGCAGAUUCAGCGAGAAAAAUUGUGGGUGCCCUGGAACGGGCUCAUUGUGAUCGGGAAGAGAAUGGAGCUCCUGGGUAGAAAUACACAAAAGCCUAGGAUGUGGGGCCCCAAGCUUGACUCUGAGAACUGGAGACUGGACGGUGUGGAAAAGAGGGUCUUGAAAGAGAAGUCAGGCCAGAGUCAGGAAAGGAUGGAUGUGAAGCUACUGCCCAGUGUAGCAGGUGCAUUACAGGCUUCAGCAGGUUUGGGGAAAAACAGCCCAAGGGAGACGUGGGGAAAGCAAGAAAUCAGAGGCAAAAUAGGCGCUGAAUCUGAAAGUGCAGUCACUACAGCAGGGUCUAGGAUGGGGUCUGGUUUUCAAGACAGGUUGGAGGUUACUGGGGUACGGACCAGCGGAGAGGACUUGAGAUCCAGGGGAUAUACACUGGGGCAGAAUGAGGAGGAGCUGAGGUCCGGUGGAGAGAAGUUGAGGUCAAGUAGAGAGAGGCUGAGGUCAAGUGGAGGAAAGCUGAGUCUGACUAGAGAGAAGCUGGGGUCAAGUGGAGAGAACCAGGGAUCCCGGGGAGAGAAGCUGGGAACUAGUGGAGAGGAUUUGAGAUCCACUGGAGAUAAACUGCAGUCAAGUGCAGAAAAGCUGGGGCCUAGUGGAGACAAGCCGGAGGAUUCAGGAAUGGGGAGCAUAAAUGAAGAGAGUAUUGAAAGGUUGAUAGAAGUUACUGGUGCUGAGAUGGAAAUUCCUGUUGAAAGAGUGGAAGGGAAUGAUGAGCUCGAAGGGGCGAAGGAGGCGGGAAUUGAGGAGGAUGUCUUGGAUGGGGUGCAUGAUAUUGCUGAUGAAUCUGUUUCCGUGGAAGAGAAAGAGGUUAUAGGUGAAGGUAGUGGUGAAUGAGGCAGAUGAAGGACUGAAGCUAAAGAAAGAAAGGGAAGCAGAUAGAGGAAGUGUUGCAAGUCAAAAAGGAGAAAUUAGAGCCAAGCAGAGCAUUAUUGACCCUGAAGAGGUAAACACGAGAGAGGAAAGGAGAGCACGGGAAUGAAGAGCUUCUGGGGUUGAAGGUGGAGGCCAGGGCCAAUGGAAACAAAGAAGGGUGAGAAAAAGGGAAAUGGGAACAUUUUGAGGAGAAAGGAAAGAUCUGAAAAUGUGUUGAUAAGUAGAGGACAAGUGGAGAUUGGUUUCUUGGAGAAGAGCUGUGACUUGUAGGGAAAUGUUUGAGAAAGGGAUUGGGGAUGGGCGAGAAGAUUCCGUUUAAUGUGAGAUUGGGUUUACGAGAUUCAGAAGAAUGCAUAGUGAGAAAAAUGGAAAAUUACAGAAGGACAAAGGAUAGGUAAUGGAGGUUGUGAAGGAAGAAGCAAGCUGGAGCGAGCAAAGAAAACUUCUCAAAGAGGAUCCUGAAGAAGAAUGAGGGGCUCCAAAGUGACCAAAGCAAGAGCAAAGAAAAUGAGGGAAGAAAAAAAAAAAAAUCUCUGCCUUCCCAAGAUCAUCUGCUCCUAGCCUCGUCUGGUGAUUCUCUGAGCACCGAGAAGUUGUUGCCUCUCUUAAAGGAGGCCCACACAGGCACGAGGUCAGGACAGUCGUGUGGGGCUCUCCAACUGCACUGCACGAUAUAUAAAUGACGAAGGAAAUGAUCAGACCUGUUCUUUGGAUGGAUUACAUUUUCUCCUGGGACACCAGAUGCAUUCCACUGAGGCCACAGAAAGGAAAAGGAUUGAGACGCCACGACAAACGGAGGCCACCUUCUCUGACCAGAGGACUCGACUGCUAUCCUCAGCGAGGCCAUCUCCCUGGGCCCCGGCCAGCUCUCCUGCCGGAAUCGCACCUUCUCAGCAGUUCCUACUGGCACCCGGGGAGGGUUUAGAACAUGCCUGUGGUGGUGCUGAGGACAAAGCAAGCAUCCAGAUUGCCGAUGGAAGUAGAGAGACCCUCUGCCCACCCCGCGGCCCACACCUCUUCCCUUCUGGAGUCUGGAGAUCAUCAUGGGCCCUCGAACUGGGACUGCCUGGCCUGAUACUGCUACGGAAGGGCUCAUCUGAGAGGUGUCCCACCCUUGAGUUCUUCAAAGGAGUGGGAGAGAAACACCGGGGUGCUCUUUUCCCACCUCCUGGAACAUCACGUCAAAGGCCCACGCCUGGCAGCCGCCCCCUCCUCGUUGUCCAUCUAGCAGGGAAGGGACAGGAUGGAAGAACACUGAACUGGGACUCAGGGACCAGGUCCCCAGAGUGAUCAUGUCUCCGCAAGCGAUCUCGGGGUUUUUCGCUCAACCAGGAAAAAGGCAGGCCUUGCAGCCUGGCCCCAUAGUCUUCUCAGUGUCUCAGACAGUGGACCCGGCGCAUCAAAGACUCCUCGCUUCCGCCGGGCUUCCUCCUCGAGCCGCAGCUGGGCUAACUCGGCCUUCGCCAUGGUGACUCUCAUUCCACAAAAGGAGGUCUGUUAUUAGGAGGCAAGCAGGCUCUCGGGAACCCCCAGGCUUGCCCUGAAAGGAUGUGGGAGGGAGGCAGGGUCACGGGGCAAGGGAAGAGCCAGUGUGGUGCGCUACCCCAGCCCAAGGGGAAGAACAGAGCGCAGCGCGUUCCCCAGGCAGGGCCGGAGGAAAGUCUCAGGUUAAACGUCUCAGGAGAACCAAGGCACAGAGGAGGUGUGAAAUGUCCAGGAUAAAUAGAACCGCACGGGGAGGGAGAAAAGCCAGCUCCAUCCUCUCUUAAAAACAGCCGCCAUCGGCACCAAAAAUAUAUUAAUAUCUGUACAUUUGUCAUCUUUAAAAAAAGGAAAUAAAACUUCCUCGGCACCUUG